AUGGCAGCAGUAGCAGCUCUAGAAGGCAGGUGGCAAGAAGCCUUCACCUGGCAGUUGCGGGUGGAUGAGGCAGAGGAAAAAGCUGCCCAUCUAGAGCUGGAGUUAGAAAUGAUGAAAUCAAAGAAGGAGCAAGCCGAGGCAAAAGUGGCCGCUUUAGAGCUGCGAGUACAACCUGGUAAGAAAGAAGACGGGUCUAAAGAGAUAAAGCGCCUGAUUGCAGCGGAGGCAGAAAAGACUCGAGCGCUGGAACGGCUCAUGGCAGAGGAGGCCAAAAAGAGCAGACAGCAAGAGGAGAAGCUGCGAGAGAUGCAGAAGGAGAUGGCUGAAUGGAGGAGGAAGUCUCCAGAGCCUGAUAUGGACCAAAUAGGAGAACAAAAGGAGGUAAUGCAAAAACUUGAAAUAUCUAAGAGCCUUAUAGGAGCCCUCCAGAAAGAAGUCCAUAGUCAGGUGGCACAGAUAGAGAGCCUGCUUGAGGACUUGGAGAACUGGCAAGAGUGA